CCACUUUCUCUUCCUUUGCAUCCAAAUCUUGCACAACCAAAAAUACCUUGUUUUGAACAUUUCAAGCGAACAGUUUCUUAAUUUCUUUCUCGUUUUAUUGUUGUUGUUUUGUGAAUUUUGAGCGAUGGAUUUCCACAGCCUGGCAAGGAGGGAGCUCCAGGCUCUCUGCAAGAAUAACAAGAUCCCAGCCAACAUGACCAACGUAGCCAUGGCUGAUGCUCUCAAGGCUCUUCAACAUGUCGAAGGGCUCGAAGAAUUCUUGAAUCCAUCCGAUUCCGAUCUCUCAAAACCUGUGGAGGAAGCUCUGAACGGAUCGCCAGAUAUUCCUCGCACUGCCUGCAGAACCUCGACUCGCAGAAAACCCAUCAAAGACGAACCUAAAAGCACACAACCCUUGAGUCGCACUCGUCGUGGGACAAGAGGAAGAACCGCUGAAGACAUCGAUCAAGAAAACAAAGAUGUCAAUGUGCCUAUAACCCCAGCAGCGCCGAGCGGCAGCAGAAGAGCAUCGGUGGCGGCUUCGUCUCGCAGAAACAUUGAGACCCAGAUGAAGGAAGACGAAGAGGAUAAGAAGAAAGAGGCUCAAGGAAGGAGUGCCGUGCCAAGCAGCCGCGGACGACCCCCAGUCGCUUCGGCUCGCAGGAAGCUGGAGACACAAAAGGAGGUGAAUUCGGUGCAGCGAGUGUAUAGUACAAGGCGGUCGGUGAGGCUGUUGGAGAACAAUAUGGCUAAGUUGAGCAUGAUGGAGAAUGGAAGUGCAGAACCUAUAAAGAUCGAUCGUGAUUUGUUUGAAGAGAUGGGUAAUAGUUCGGAGACAUCUGAGGUUUCUGUUGAAGUUGAAAAGAAUAUCCAAGGAACUAGUACGCAGACAAUGUCAGAAGAGGAAGGUUCAGAGAAAACCGAUGAUUCCGAAGUUUUAUCGAAUCCGAAAACAAUUGGAUCACUAGAGAUUGAGAGAGAAUUGAAAUUUGGUGUUAAAGAGGACAAGAGUGAUGAUGGGUAUGAAAUAAAUGUUUUGAAGUCAGAACAGGCUCUGGGUUCUGAGAUAUCUGAUAAUUUUGGCGUUUUUAAAGUUCCAGAGGCAGUAGAUGAAGCAAUAGAUGUGGGUGAUGAAACUGUAGAGAAGGGACCUGCUGAUGUUUCAGUUACUGUGCAAGAUACAGGCGUUGAAGAUUCUUUGGCAAUUAAAGCAUCCACUGAUGUUUUUGCUGAGGUUAAGGACCAUGAUGUUGUUGCUUCUCAAUUUAUGUUGCCAGAACAUGGUAUUGAUUGCGAUAGUGUAGAAGAAUCUCUUGAGCCCAAUUUACAGAGUCAGAGUUCCUCCGACGUUCAAGACCAGGCAAGCAAAGAUUCUCACAUGAAUGUGGUGGUGGAUGAUGACCUUGGCAGUCAUGAUUCUGAAUCGGAAUACUCCACUGACUGGGAGUCUGAUGAAGACGACGAGUCAGAUGCAAGUUCACCCGAGAGUCAAGAAAAUAAGAGUGAUGAUGAUGCAGAAACAGAUGAAAAGGAUCCAGAGGCUCCAGUUCUUCCUGAAGACCAGAUGGCUGGUUUUGAGAAGUUGGAGAGCAAAAUAGAAGAAUCGGAUCAACUUGUUAACAAGUCUAAUACUACUAUUGGCAACGAUUCAGGUUCUGAAAGCUUUAUUGCUGAACACUCGGAAAUAGAGUCUGUUGACUCUGCUGAUGAAGAAAGCCUGAAUGAUGACCAUGUUAUGGUUGAAGGUGUCUGUGUAAUGCCAGCACAUGAAUCUUUGGACAAGACUCCAACUUCUGUGAAGAAAAUGAGUCAUCUAAUUUCUGGCAGCGAAGUCACUUGCAAAACUCCAUGUCAACCAUUUGCAGCUGACCAGAUCUCGGGCCAGUUUCCUCGUCCAACUCAGUUGACACAAAAAAAAUCUUCUGCUAUAGAAGAAUCGAUUCAGAAGAUCAUUGAUGUUUCAGACGAUGAUGAUGAAGACCUUGACAAUGGAAAUGGGAAACUGGAGCUCGAAAAGGAUAAGGCGAAGCAAGACGAGAACACAGUUGAUGGGGAUAGCAUACUGGAAAUGUACACAGGAGUGAGUUCAAUUGAUGGGGAUAACAUGCUGGCAAUGUUCGCAGGAAUGAGUUUAAGGCAGCUCAGGAAGAAGGUGAAGAUGGAAUUGCAAAUUACACACGACAGAAAGAACAAUAAGGAUAAAAGUACCACUAAGGAGCAUGAUGGGAAGAAAAGAGUUGCCUUGAAACCAUUGCCAGAGAACUGUAUGGAUGGUGGAAUCUGAGAAAGGAAGAUGAAAUACCUCUAUGCCGAAGGGGAGAGAAGUGUUUUAAGAGAAUGAAACUAUCCUAUCCUUGGGUAUUGUUUCUUUUAUCCAAAUUCCGGUUGAGAUGGGCCAAUGAUGUGGGAGGGUUUAAACCUUGGUUUGCCUUAUUUUUGUUCCUUUUCCUGCUCAAAUAAGCACCAGAAUUUUGUAGGAUCUAUUUUUUUUUGGUCAGUAUGUGGGCUAUUGAUUCAAGUUUUGUAAUAAUGUUGGCUCAUCCAAUGUUUUGUUGAUGGGUGUGGAUUAUGAAAGUGAUCAAGCGUGCUUAUCAAUACUAUGUAGCACAAUUUUAUCAAUUUCUAGUUCAUCUGUAUGUCUUCUUUUUAAUUAUUACAGAUCUUGGUACCAAAGUUCCAUAU